GGCCACGCUCGCGACACGUCCGUUUCGUCCUGCUGCUGUCCUGGAUCGAUCCGGGAGCGAGCGCGAUGGCCGGCAGGGAGAGGGACCGGGAGCUGCUCCUCCCGGUGGUGGCCGGCGAGCACGCCGCCGGCGACGAGGACGACUCCGAGCCGACCACGCCCGUCGUCAUGGCCGGCCCGCCGCCGCCCGCCGCUUCGGCGCGCGCGCUCCACCUGCACCACCACCCCACCGGCAUCGAGGCAUUGUCGAGAGUGAUUCGGAGCUGGGCGUGGAAGAAGUUCAUGUCCGGAUGCGUCAUCCUGCUCCCGAUCGCCAUCACCUUCUACACGACGUGGUGGUUCAUCCGCUUCGUCGACGGCUUCUUCUCGCCCAUCUACAUCCACCUCGGGAUACAUCUAUUCGGUCUUGGGUUUGUCACCUCGAUCACCUUCAUCUUCCUCAUCGGCGUGUUCAUGUCGUCGUGGCUGGGCGCAUCGCUCCUUGGCCUCGGCGAGUUCUUCAUCAAGAGGAUGCCCCUCGUGCGCCACAUCUACUCGGCUUCCAAGCAGAUCAGCGCCGCGAUAUCGCCAGACCAGAGCUCACGGGCCUUCAAGGAGGUGGUGAUCAUCCGGCACCCCAGGAUCGGCGAGUACGCGCUGGGCUUCAUCACGUCGACGGUGGCGCUGCGCGGCGCCGGCGUCCGCGGCGACCAGGAGCUCGCCUGCGUCUACGUGCCCACCAACAACCUCUACCUCGGCGACAUCUUCCUCAUGAGCCGCGCCGACGUCAUCAUCCCGGACCUCUCCGUCCGGGAGGCCAUCGAGAUCAUUCUCUCCGGCGGCAUGUCGGUGCCGAAGAUCAUCUCAGCGGUGGAGGGUGUCGUCGGCCUCGGCGACCAUGGCUGCGCGGCCAAGGACUCAUAGGACGCUCUUCUUUCCUCGUAGCAGUUGGCAGCGACUUACAACUAGCUGCGGUAACAAAGUAUUCUGAUCUUCACAGCUUCGUGUUGCUCUCAAUUCCUAAUUGUUGGGUGGCAGAUUUAGAGAACAUGUUCCAGUUUUGAUCAGGCAUAGGGAACCUUCAAUCUAGCAAGCUUUUUGCUGUGUAAAUUUCUAUCUGCAUACUUUUAUAUUGAAAAAUACUGUAUCGACAGUGAAGCGAGAUAAAUUUACAUUGGAUCUCCAGGAUAACAGAUGAAUGAAAGAAGAAAAUUGGAAUCCA